AUGCCACCAAAGUCAUUGAAGUUGAUCAAAAAGGGUUUAAAUCCUCCUGUUCAAGAUAACAAGACUUUUAACUCAUUAUUUAAAGAAGCCUUGAACUCACCAGAGCAUUUUUUAUGCGAUAAUCUAUCCAAUUUCAAACUCCCUUCAGAUAUUGAUUUCUUUAUUGGUUUUAUUGAAACAAAGCAAUUUGAGACAUGGCUCGACAUUAUUAGUCGUCAAAAUAAUUGGACGAGAAAUAAGAGGGUUGUGUCAUCUAUUGCCAACAACAAUAAUGAACAAAUACCUUGCAACUCAAAAAAGCUGGCUUAUUUGGAAGAAUUAUAUUACAACUGCUGUCUGCUGGGAAAAUAUGAAUCAAAAAUGCAGAAAGGUCCUGGGGCUCGUUACAAAAAUGCAGUACCAACUACUAUCAGAACAGGUUGUCCCGCAAAGUGGUAUGCAAAGAAGCCUAAAAGUAUGCCAAAUCAUUGGUUAGUAGGUGUAAUACCAAAACACAACCACAAAAAUCUUUUGAAAGGCGGAUUAAACAGAUCAGCCAGAUUGUGGCUUAAACAAAAGGUUGAAGAUGGUCAUAAUCAUAAUUAUAUAAAAAAGUUGCUAAUUGAUAUUCAUGCUCAACGAAACAGAGGUACUUUGUCAGAUGAAUCACUACCGCUAUUAAAUAUUCAAACACAUCAUAUUUUGUAUCUUCUUAGAAAAAAAUUUAACAAGCAAUAUAAGUUGAACAGGGGUGGCAGGGAAAAUUUACUAGCUUGGGGUGAACUGAUAAAGAAGCAUGGUUUUUUCAAAAUUAUGGAUUUUCCUGGUCUUUCAACGGAGGGCAAGCCUUUAUGGGGUUGUAUGUUUAUGGAUAAAAAGCAAAAAAAUAUCUUAGAAACCAAUCAGGAUGUGUGGUAUCUUGA